UUGGACGUCCCCCUCCUUAGCAGAAGGCCUGUCAAGAAUAAAAACUUGAUCAGUCCACCUCUCUAACUUGGUCAGUUGUGUUCAUCCACACGUCUCGUUGCACAUAAUAUCGCGAAAAUGGCCAUUUUCAAGAAAUUUGCUAUCCUCAAUCUCUGUGGAUUCGCUAACUUGUAUUAUGGAACCACGCAAAUUUGGAGCGGCGUCCCAGAGCACCCCGCGAUGACUACGGCUGCAGAAAACUACAGAAUUCUCCGCCAAACCGACGAGAGCGCGGCAGAUUUUAAAUUUUCUCUGGAGGUAGGACCCACCUUCGCGGCGAUUUACAUCCUCAAACUAUUUCUCCUGGGUUCUGGACUAUUUUCCAUUUUGGCGUCAAUCCUGCAUGAGGCGAGAUGGGGGGUCAGAUUGAUAAAAGUGGCAAACUUUUUUUCCACCCUGCUUUACUGCGGAAUAAUCCUGAUUAUUUGUUACAACUGGAAUCCAUCAAGUUUCCGGUCGGAGGACAAAUUCGGAAAUAUUGGAUUAUCCGGGAUGACAUAUUUGUAUUGUGGAAUUGCCCAGUUUGCAAUGGUUGCGUGGAAUAAGAAAUUGAUAAAACUGCUGCAAAGUAAUAUUUUACGAAAAGAGGAAAAAUCUAAGGAAAAUAUGAAAACCAAUUUGACCUUGGAGGGGGUUAAAUAAAUUGUAUAUUUGUCAACAAUUUUUUAAAACACUUGUAAAUAAAAUACGCUUUAUUACGAAUUUCAAA